AUGAGGUCCCUGUUGAAACUGGUUGUGAUUCUGUUUUGCGUCCAGAAGGGAGAGAGCCGCUGGCUGACAUCAUUGAUUGAUCAGAAUCAAAAAACAACAUCUACACACACGUCACCAAAUGAUGACAAGAGAAACGGAGAUCCAGCUGCGGAAGAUGGCCAAACAGAAGCUUCUGGAGUCGUGCCAUCACCCGAUCCCUUCGUCCUGAUCCCAGUCCGGUCACGUCGCUCUACUCUGGACUCCCAGUGUGGCCUGCGCUCCAUCCUGUUGCAGGUUCGAGACCUCGGGCUGGGAUACGACUCAGACGAGACCGUCCUCUUCAAGUACUGCAGUGGGACGUGUCCUCACGUUCGCUCCAACCAUGACCUCACCCUUUCCAGCCUGCUGUUGAGCGGGGUGCUCCCUCAGCCAGCACCUGGGGAGCUGUGGCACAACGCGCCCUGCUGCAGGCCCACCCACCACGAGGACAUGGCCUUCCUCGAUAACUCGCACCGCUGGCACAAGGUGGAGAAGCUGUCAGCCGCUGGCUGCAGUUGUGUGGGUUAG